CCCACAGAAGCUUUCCCUCCCAACGUCCCCCCGACUCUAUCGCCACCCCCUCCCUCCCCUUCCAACGGCCAUGAGCGUCAUCACCGAGCACUCCCUCUCCUCCGCCCCCUGCUGCACCCUCAAGCACAGGAUCAACCCCCUCCCCACCGGGCCCCAGCCCGACCACCCUGAUCGCAAGGACUCCGGCAUGGGCAAGAGGUCGGUCAUUGACGACGGAGGCGGCGCUGGUGGGCUCGGCGGCGCGAUCUACGGACCGGCGUCGUUCGUGCACUGGACGAGGCGGGACGUGGCCCACGUGGCGAGGCACCACUGGAUCCCGUGCGUCUUCGCGGCGGGCUUGCUCUUCUUCAUGGGCGUCGAGUACACGCUCCGCAUGGUCCCGUCCUCGUCGCCCCCGUUCGACAUCGGGUUCGUGGUCACGCGGUCCCUCCACCGGCUGCUCGUGUCGUCGCCGGAGCUCAACACCCUUUUGGCCGCUCUCAACACGGUGUUUGUGGGGAUGCAGACGACGUACAUACUGUGGACGUGGCUGAUCGAGGGCCGUCCGAGAGCGACCAUCUCGGCGCUCUUCAUGUUCACUUGCCGCGGCAUUCUCGGUUACUCCACUCAGCUCCCACUUCCUCAGGGAUUUUUGGGGUCGGGCGUGGACUUUCCGGUGGGCAACGUCUCCUUCUUUCUCUUCUUCUCCGGCCACGUCGCGGGCUCGGUGAUCGCCUCCCUAGACAUGAGGAGAAUGCAGAGGUGGGAAUUGGCAUGGCUUUUCGAGGCCCUCAACGUGCUGCAAAUGGUGAGGUUGUUAGGGACGAGAGGUCACUACACCAUCGACUUGGCUGUCGGAAUCGGUGCGGGGAUGUUAUUUGACUCUCUCGCCGGGAAGUAUGAAGAGGGCAAAAAGAUGAACAAAGGUGGAAUUGGCAAUGGGAUUUCAAAGGAGGCUCGCCUGACUUUGAGUUGAACACGCGUAGUGGAAAAGAACAUCACCUAAACGUGCACCAUUCGUUUGAACCAGUCGCUGUAAAGGCUUUUCUCUAGGGGGGGAAAAAGCAAAGGAAAAUUCAUACGAAGAGGAAGAUGGUAGGGACAGAGAAGUUGGGCAAGGAUGCUCAGAAAAUUUUUGUGCCUGUGAAUUUUCACCUUUUUUUUAUUUGUUCUUUGUCUGGUGACAUUCUAGUUAUCUUUUCUCACAAGUUAAAUUAAAUUAAGCAUUUCCUA